AUGAAGUUAUUUCAAUGGGUGCAUCGAAAACUUCGGCAGAAUAGUAUAGAACCUUUCAAGGAUUUCACAUUUGGAAACCCUUGUACUUGCCUUACAGUGAAGCCAACACUUGACAAUCAAUACUCCCAUACAAAGCCAUGCUUCAGCUCCAAAAAUCAGCCCAGUUUCUCAAAGUCACACAAUCAGGAAAAUCAAAUAUCUUAUUCUGGAUUGGUUGACAGCCGAGAAGAUAAGUCUCAAGAAGAAACACCAGCAAUAUGCUCUCAGCUCUUUGAAGGUUUCCUAACAAUUGGAACACUUGGUACAGAAACAGACACCAAUGAACCAGGAACACCAACAUUUGCUAAGCCUUCGGGAAACAUACCAAUGAGAAGUGAAGAGGUGACAGAAAAUGAACUCAAGCUCAUAAGUUAUGAGCUCGAGAAAUUUCUAGAGGCUGAAAGAGAAGAAAGUUUUCAUGAUUCAUCAGGAAGAAACAGCUAUGUUAGCACUAUCACACUUAGUGCAAAGGAAACAGAUGGACCCAAAGCUGAAGAUUACAGAAACAAAGCUGUAUGUCCACUGCAAGGAUAUUUACUGGGGUCCUCAUUUGAACUACCAGAAACAAAACAAGUAAGUAAAAAGAGAGCAUCGUUAGCUGAGCUACUUUAUAGGACAAAGGCAACAAGUCAAGAUUGUAUAGAGACAGGAAUAAGAGGUGAAACACAAGUCAAGGAAACACAUAAGUCUGCUGCCAGGCAUAUUAUGAGAAAGGUAUUGAAAAGGGUCUACAGUUCUUUAGAAAGCUGCAACACUUCCAGGAAAGAUGCUGAUUGUGCUUCAACAAAUAAAAAACUCCACAAGGUUGGUCUCUUAUACUAG